AUGGCGCGGUUCGUGACGCUUCUGCUCGUGGUGAUCCUGAUCGCUGGUCCAGCCCUGUUGCCCGGUUGUCUCGGACAAGAUGUGAUCGGAGCUUAUCUGAGGUGUCGCAAUGAGUUCGAUAUUGAGGCGACCGUAUUCGAUGCGGUCCGGGCCGGUGACUUCUCCGUUCGCAGUCCACUGGUUGAGUGUUUCGGCGAAUGUUUGGUGAAGCGGGCCGGCUUCAUGAACGACGAUUUCACCUUCAACCGGGACACGAUCAUGCGCUUCACCAAUCGGUUCGUCUCGAAGGAAAGCUCGGAGGAGGUGUUUAACCGAUGUACCGGGAACGUCAUACCAACGUACUGUACUACCGCGUUCGAGGUAUACCAGUGUAUCUACGAGCACGUCAACCAGAAGUGGAACGAAGGCAAGUAA